UGCUAUUGAUCGCCGAGCCAUCCAGCACGUGUAAGAUUGCCAGAGCCAUGGGGCUGUGUUACAGCCUCCGGCCGCGGCUGUUCGGCGAUCCCAGCGGCUCCAUCUCCAACGCUGCCACCAACUCGGAUGCAGAGCAGCCCCCGGAGCUGUCAGUGCCUAUGCGAGCCGGCGACCUGCGGCACGGCGAUCUGCAUCGGACGGGGGCAUCUGCUGGUUCUGGGUCACAGCAUCAGCAGCAGUCUCAUGCCCAGCUCAGGGAUGGGCAGCCCCGGCGAGGAGAGUUGUGCAAAUCGGGCAGAGGGGACAGUCCAGAUGGGCUGCUGCUACAGAAUGGUGGAGGCAGCGGCACCGGGGAGAGCAAGGAGCAGCAGAAACCCAGCAAAAUCCAGCAGUCGCAGCAGCAGCAUCCAGCGCACCAGCAACAGCAUCCACUGCAGAAGGGAUGGGACAAACUCCGCUUGGAGGAGAAAGAAGCAGAGAAGGAGGCCAAAAAAGUCAGCAAGAGCAUAGAUCGGGUGCUAAAAGAGCAGAAAAGGGAAUACAAGCAGACACACAGACUGCUCCUGCUAGGUGCUGGCGAGUCAGGGAAAAGCACGAUUGUGAAACAGAUGAGGAUCCUCCAUGUCAAUGGAUUUAAUUCAGAGGAAAAGAAGCAGAAAAUUCAGGACAUCCGGAAAAAUGUUAAAGAUGCCAUUGUGACCAUAGUAUCUGCAAUGAGCACUUUAAUACCUCCAGUUCCACUGGCGAAUCCUGAAAACCAGUUCCGCCUUGACUACAUCAAGAGUAUAGCUCCACUAUCAGACUUUGAUUACACACAG